CUCUGAUCCACAACUUCCCUUACUGCACACAUAUAUAUGUGCAUAUACAGAAACACAGUUUAUGUAUACAUAUAUAUGUGUGUAUAUACUGUAUAUACUGUAUAUAUACAAUGAAAAAAAUUAAAUAAUUUCCCUGAAAUGUACAAUAAUUACAGUCAGCACAGCCGUUCUCUGGGUCGAAGGUGUCAAUCUGUUCCACUACGGUGGCUUUGAUUUCAUCACACGCAGUUGUAAAGGGCCUGAGGGAGAGGAAAACAACACAGUUAGUUGUCUUUUAUGAGAGAUAAAAGUUGUCACGUGCAAGAGUAAAAAAACAAAACAAAACCUACGAGUGGACUUAAUAAAAAAGCAGAUCUUGUACCAGAGUGUUGUGCAGUAGGAACGAGGGACAUGAGGACGGCAUCGGUGGAGCAGAACAGUGUUCAGUGAUGUUUGGUUGAUGGUUCAACGACAGGCUGUUUCAGACGACCUGGUAAUCUUGGCAUCAGAACUAAAUGAAGAAGCUUGAAAUUGAUUAGGUGUAAAACAUCUGGUCUUGUGACCCCUCCCUCACCCUCUAAGUGCAUCUCUAACAGUAUUUGUGGCCAUUGUGAUCAACUUUUUUUUUUUAAUCUAAAACAUUUUGGAAUAAGAGAAAAGUUUUGAAUGAUACAUGCUGUCAGUGGACAAAACUGCACAGCAAAACAGAGGAACCUAUUUGUGAUCAUUUAAUUUAUAUUAUAUAAAAUCAUGAUUUUCUUGAAGUAUUAUAUUUUAUUAUUAUAUUUUUAUUAUAUUUCACAUCUGGUGAGAACUAACACAGACCAUAUUCACACCCAGAGUCUCCCAGAGUCAGGCUCCGAAGCAAAUCAAUUUGACUGACCCCACAUGACAUGUGAUGACAUGUGAUGACAUUUUUAUAAAUAGGGUUGACAGUUAGAUCACUAGUCAGUUCAGUGUCAGUGCAGCCCUGCAGUAGAACAGCACAGACAUCACUGUCACCAUGAAGACUCUCCUCCUGGCCUCCGUUCUCUUCGCUGGACUCUUUGACUCCUUGGCUGCAGUCCCUGUUCCUCCUGGUCCUGUUCCGGCUCCUCUUCCUUAUCAUGCCUUCUGCAGAACUAUGUGGCUCUUUGCAUCACCGUGCAUCAACGUCAGCACCGCAGUGUUAAAGCAGAUUCAAGCCUUCAACCCUGUGAAUAAAUGCAUACUGUGUCACUACAGGCUUGUGGGAAUCACUAACAACUCCGUCAUAGCCAACCACACCUCUGCUGACGGCCUCCAGGCUGAGAGUCUGACCUUCACCUUCAGUUCCACUGUAAUGGCUGGAGGCUGCCGUGUCACCGCCCUGUCUGCCUCUUUGGGAUUCACAAACCUCUUUGAUGGUGGUCUGAAUUACUGCAACUUGUAUAACAUCCUUUCUGCGAGUGGACUCAUGUCUUCACCAGGAUUCGCAGAAAUUACCAAUGAAUGGGCUUGUCUGGGCUACGGAGAGGCCCCGUGCCAUGAUGUGUAGUCAUGUUGUUUUGGUUUAGGUUUUGUUAAUUAAACAUUUUAAUUUCAGUUAACAUUUUAUUUUAAUUUCAAUCAUGAGGGCAGUGGUGGCUUGGUGGUCAAGAAUGCGGACUUGAGUUCGGAAGGUUCGAGUCCACCAGCUGCCACUGAGGUGCACUGAGCAUGGCACCGGCCCCACACACUGCUCCCCAUGUUAUUGCUGCACCCUGUGUGCAGUGGUGUGCUGUGUCACACUGACAAAUAAUUCUUUUGUCUUUUUUGUUACUUUUUUUCUUUGUUUUAUUAUGAUAGUGUUGUUAGAAAAACAAUCUGUAAAGACGUAUGAGUAAAACCUACAGUUUUAUUUUGUUCUUUUUAUGUUUUUUUUUUUUUACGAUGUUUCAUGAUUUUCCCUUCAACUUCAAUAAACCAGACCAGUCCUAACAAGGAUAUUCUUAAUAACACUUUAACGCUUUCAUGGUUUAUACUGUAUCAUUUUAACGACAUAGUGCUUUGCCAAGGAUUCCUUAAUAGGUUAGUGAAAAAAUGUUGCACUAAAAAAGAGAUUUUUUUUUUCUGGCCAAAAAAGAAAAGUAAUAAUAAAGAGAAAACAGAUGUUUUACUCUAGCUUUUAGAAGACCUUGUAUGAAAAAUCUAUAGAAAAGUAUGUCGGAACAGAUGUUUUCAUUUUAACUAUAAUGUUAGACUGUGGAUCAGGAUUUUCAACCUUCAAAAAUGUUGAUACCCAAAAAAAGGCAAUCAAAAGAAUAUCAUCAAAAGUUUAGAACCCUAAAAUGUUUGAAUCCACCUGGUCACUUCAGCCUUUACUUGAGACAAAGGUGGAGGUGUUGACCUGGUGUGAGAAGCUUUCCCCAGAAUUCUACUAAGAAGUAAAUAGCACUGAGUAUAAAACGUUUGAGAACCACUGCCAUAAACUACAACCAGACAUCAACCAUUUCAAAACUGACUUCCUCAGUCAAACUAUGAGAUGUUUUCACCGUCAACCCCAUGUUAACCAUAAGCAAAUUUGAUAGUUGAAUUUAAAAAGAAUGACCCUUUAUUGCCUCGCAACAUAAAAAGUAAGUGUUAGGUUCAUAAACAUCAAGUCCAGAAAGGGGGAAUUGAGAUGAAAAAGGCGUCCUUCGCUGACAAGGUCUGAUCAGGGGAUGGAGCUAUUGGUGGCUAAUGAAGGCCCAGCACACGGGGCUGAGGCUCUUUGUUGUGCAAAUUGGCCUCUCAGAGGGAAUGUGAAGUCUGGAGAGCUCUGAUAGCAAAUCCAACAGACUUUAUAUUUAUUUUAUGCAACUUUUUUUUGCCCAGAAAUUGUGAAUCUGUGACUGAGCCCUGUGGCAGUUCAUGAAAUUUAAAUGGACUUAGACUAGCUUUGGUACCUGUCUUUACAAACCGAUAGAAAUGGAAACAAAUGUGAGGAUUUUGUUAAAAUACCUCCAAACUGCUGACAGUGUAACCUGUUUAAAUAAAAUAAGGACAACGAGACUGAAAAGAUAUUAGGAAGUGAGUGGUAUUGAGUUGCAGGCCCGGCAUGUAUUUGAGUACAUUAAGUUGAGUGCAUUAAGUGGUAUUAGCUUCACAUGGGAAUCCUUGACAAAUACUGUUACAAUACAAACCAUUUCUAAUAAUUCCUAUUUAAUAAAAAAGGGAAUAUCUUGAAAAAAAUCACCAUUUCUUUGUUCUGACACCAGCUGAGAAAAUCACACGUGACGAAGAAAUAAAAUUGCCUUUUUUAUUGAUACUUCUCUACAAGCACAUUUAUAUGUGUAAUAUCUACAGCAAAACUAUCGCAGAAAUAACGACUCAGAACAUUUGAACA